UUCGUUUGUCGACUACUUGACAUGACACAUCGCUGUUGGAGCUUGCAUUUGCACGAAAAAUCUUUUUAAAAGUGAAAACGAAGACGUUAAGUUUAUUCUCUUGUACAGUGUUUUAUUAUUUUAUUAUUUACACAAGAUGGCCCACCGUAGUGUCGUGAGUACUGCCAAAAUCGGUGAAAAUGAAAUGGUCGCAAGGCCUACUAAAAUACACUUACUCAAACCUAGUGGACCGAGCCGGCGCCCUGCAUUAAACAGUAUCGACAAUCUGCUUGACAAUCCCGAGAAACCCUUUUUGAGAAGGACAGAAGUAGCGAAACCACUUAGAGCUGAUCUUAAACUUAAGACUGAAGCCAUUCCACAUGAAUUUAAGUCUAAGUCGACGAAACAAUUGAACAAGGUGACGGAAGAAAACAUCUCCAACAGCAAUAAGACUGAAGCAUUACCACAGGAUGUCAAAUCCUACUCUUCUAAACAACUGGAUACUGUGACCGAGGAAGAUCUCUCCAACAGCAAUGAUCCUCAGAUGGUAGCAGAGUACAUAUUGGAUAUUUAUCAGUACUUGCAAGAAUGCGAACUGAAAUAUCCCAUAAGACAACAUUAUCUCGCGGGUCAUAAAUCGACGCCUCGAAUGCGCACAAUACUAGUCAACUGGUUGGUUCAAGUCCAGCAGAACUUCGGUCUGUGUCUCGAAACCCUCCACAUGUGCGUGUCGAUAACAGACAGAUAUCUGCAACACAACCUGACGGUGGAUCGCAACAACUUGCAGUUGGUGGGCACCACCGCGCUUUUCGUCGCGUGCAAAUAUGAAGAGAUGUAUUUUCCCGAACUUUCAGACUUUGAAUUUAUCUGUGAUAAUUCGUUCACGAAGAGUCAGAUUUUGCGGAUGGAAAUGAGCAUUCUGUCGUCGCUGCAAUUUGAAUUGGGCAAACCUCUGUCAAUUCACUUCUUAAGGAGGCACAGUAAAGUCGCGCAAGUUCGCAUCGAACACCAUAACCUUUCUAAGUACUUGCUUGAGUUAGCGCUACUCGAUUAUGAUAUGUGUCACAUCAGACCGUCAGUCCAAGCUGCCGCUGCUACUUGUUUGGCUUUGAGUAUUUUAAACAACGUUUCAUGCCCUUCGAAAGUCUGGACGGAGAGACUUGUCCAGUGCACCACUUAUAAGUACACAGACAUUAAACAAGUUGUGGGACAAUUCGCCAGUUUGCUUCUUGCUGCCGAUAUUUCCAAACAUAAAUCGGUUUAUCAAAAAUAUUCGGUGUCAAAAUUCAGCAAGAUCAGUACUCAUCCUAAGCUGAAAGGGACUCUUGUUAAGAGGUUGGCGAAAGUCUGAUUUUACUUAUACAGUAUUUUUAAAUGUUUUUUAUUAGGUAUGUAUUAUGAAGAUAUUUUCGUUUUGUAAACAAAAUAAAAUAAAAAUAUAUAAUCAGCUAAUAA